CAGAAAUGUCCUUCUUUGUCAACAACUUUCCCCUUUCCGCUUCCUCAUUUAUAUACCAAUGGUCAAGCUAGCGAGGACCGUCACUUCCAAAGUGGGUGCUAAGACUGGCCCUAAGACUAGCUCGAAAGCUGCUGUCAAGGGCGGAACCAAAAGCUCCGCAGGAAAAAAAAAUGGUUCGCCUCACUACCGCAAGGGCAAGAAAGCUGUUAAAGACGAUGAAGAGGAAGAAGCUUCUGAAAUCGAAGAGGUUGCUAUGAGCGAUUCAGAUGUAGACAUGGAAGAUUCCUUGGUUCCUCGGAAGAAGCCAAUGGCUAAUCUGGAUUUAGACGAUUUGAUGGGCGUAGAUCUAGAAGAAGAGGAGGAAUUUAUCGCCAAUGCCAAUAUGGCUGCCAACAAAAAACAUAAAAAAUCUGGAGGGUUUCAGUCAAUGGGUCUAAGUUUUCCUAUUUAUAAGGCCAUCCUCCACAAGGGAUUUAAAGUACCUACUCCAAUUCAGCGUAAAUGCAUUCCUUUGAUCAUGGAGGGAGGCGAUGUGGUUGGCAUGGCUCGCACGGGAUCAGGAAAGACUGCUGCAUUUUUAAUCCCAAUGCUUGAGAAACUCAAAUCGCAUUCAGCUAAAGUUGGAGCUCGUGCUGUAAUUAUGUCACCCUCCCGAGAAUUAGCAAUGCAGACUCAAAAGGUUUGCAAGGAGCUUGGAAAGCACACUGAUCUCAGAAGCUGUAUUUUAGUCGGAGGAGACAGUUUGGAGGACCAAUUCGCAAUGUUGGCUGCUAAUCCUGACAUUCUCAUUGCUACACCGGGUCGUCUUCUCCAUUUAAUUGUCGAGAUGGAUUUAGAUCUGAAGAGUGUUCAGUAUAUAGUCUUUGAUGAGGCUGAUCGCCUUUUCGAGAUGGGGUUUGAAGUCCAGUUACACGAGAUUUUGCACCGCUUGCAGCCCAAUCGCCAAACACUUUUGUUUUCCGCGACAUUACCCAAACUCCUGGUUGAUUUUGCCAAGGCUGGUCUUCAGGAGCCUACGCUGGUCCGUCUCGAUGUUGAUACCAAGAUCAGCAAGGAUCUAGAAAUGGCUUUCUUCAGCGUCAAACAGCAAGAUAAAGAAGCGGCGCUACUGACGGUGCUUCGCAAUAUUAUCAAAUUACCAUUGACUACUGGAGUUAAGUUUGAAAAAACUGAAGAAAACUCUAAGAAGCGCAAGGUUUCAAAAGAUGAAGUGAGCGCAGCAACAGAGCACCAAACCAUCGUCUUUGUGUCGACAAAGCACCAUGUCGAAUACAUCUCCAAUAUCUUGAAGCAAGCAGGCUACCAAGUGUCGUUUAUUUAUGGAUCUCUUGACCAGGCAGCCCGUAAAAUUCAAAUUGAUCGCUUUAGAAAGGGAUAUACCAAUCUAUUGGUCGUGACUGAUGUCGCUGCCCGCGGUAUUGAUAUUCCCGUUCUCGAAAAUGUCAUCAACUAUGACUUUGUGGACAAUUCCAAGGUCUUUAUUCAUCGUGUGGGACGUACGGCCAGAGCUGGAAAAAAAGGUUGGGCAUAUUCACUUAUCACGCCCGAAGAACUACCGUAUCUUAUCGAUCUACAGUUGUUCUUGGCUCGCAAGAUGAUAGUAGGCUGUUCGAGCGAGCAAGGCCCAGAUUAUACCUCGGACAUUGUCAUUGGAGCACUUCCAAAUAGCCUGCUUGAGAUUGACAGUGAGUGGGUCAAGAACAAUGUCCUCGAUGAUACCAACUUGCAGGCAUUGAGGGGUGUCUCUGUAAAUGGUUAUAAAUUAUAUUGCAAGUCGCGACCUGCGGCAGCAGUUGAGAGUUAUAAGCGUGCCAAGGAGAUUGUGGCAAUGGAUGAAUAUGCAGAGCUCAAUCCAUUGUUCGCCGACUUAGUAGAUGAUGAGGAAAAGAAACGUGUCGACCUUAUAGCUUCAAUAUCCAAUUUCAGGCCUACUGAAACAAUUUUCGAGGUUGGUCAGCGUGGUAUCAAGGGAGCCACUCAAGCAUCGACUGUGAUGAAGACUCGUCGUGAGGUUGUUGAUAAGGUCAUCUCUAUGGCUCGACAAAAAAAGGCUGGAUUGACUGUGAAUCUCUUCCCUAGUGAGGAAGGCGAGAAGGGUAACGGAGAGGCCAGGACCGCUCUUGGACCAGAGGCUACAGAGGCUGAAUUAGAAGAUGCCUUCAAGCGCACACUGGGAUUAUCUAAGAAGCGCACUAUCAAUGGCACUAUCAAAGAAAAGCCCACGAGCUUUAAAGACGAGGCGUACUACAUGUCUCACACACAACUGGAUAAUAACACUGAGCGUGGCUACUCUAUGGUCAAUACUAAAAACUCAUUCCUAGAACAAGCUGCAAAUGCCACUAUGAAUUUGAACGGAGAUGAUCGCGAUACUAUGAGCAGAACUAAGAACACGAUAAAAUGGGAUGCUAGGAAGAAGAAGUUUGUCAAGGGACUUGGUAUUGGGGCUGAUAACAAGAAGCUUAUCACCACAGAAUCAGGCAACAAGAUCUCUGCCUCAUUCAAGUCAGGACGUUUCUCAGAAUGGCAGCAAAAGACUAAGACCAGUCUGCCUCGCACGGGUGAGAUGGAGUUGCCAUCAUCAAAGGCUGCAUUGGCUGCGAAGAGAUUCCGCCACACACGCCAAGAUGAGGCCAAACCCUUAGAUCCUUUGGCAUACGAUUAUGAGCGUAAGCUCAAGAGAGCCAAGUUUGAGGAAAAAGAGGCUGGAGCUGGAUCUUCCAAAAAUGGUCGUGGUGGUAGUCGUGGCGGCCGUGGUGGAUCUAUGCCUCGUUCAGAAUUAAAGAGUGCCACAACAAUUGCUAAGGAAAGAUUGGCUAAAGAGAAGCGAAGAGAGAAAACGGGACGCCACGCUGGCUCCAAGGUUAUCCGAAAUAGCCGCGGUGGCGGAGGCGGCUCUUCAAGAGGUGGUCGCGGCUCUUCGAGAGGAGGUGGUCGUGGUACUUCAAGAGGUGGUCGCGGUGGUCGCGGGGGAAGGCGUUAGCAUAGGAACGCCAGUUUGUCCCUUGUUUUUACUUACAUCCUCAAUAUAUAAUAAUAAUAAUAAAAAUCACG